AUGGCAUCCUGGGGUGCAUUAGAAAGGGGUUCCUUGGAAAUAACACAGAGUUUGGAAGAUGAUCCUCUACUGGAUGCACCACUUAUUUCUUCUCAUACGUUACAUUCCCAACUGAGGCCAAGGUUUCAUGCUAUUCCAGCAGUUCUCUUUGCCAAUUUUCUGUUGCUAAUACAUGUUGCUUUUGUUGUUCUAGCAUUUUUGGCAGCUAUGUUUUGUUCUUACCCCAAUCCAAAUCAGGAUGUGUGCCCUGGAAACUAUACUCACCCACUUAAAGUACAGACUGUCAUAAUCAUUGCAAAAGUAAUUCUGUGGAUUCUGCAUGUUUUUUUUGAACGAUACAUCCAGCACCACCACAGUAAAGUCAGAAGCAGAGGUUACUUCUCAAUAUACCGGUCAACAAGACAUCUGAAAAGGCUUCCACUGCUGAUACACUCCACAGGUAAUGCAGCCCUGCUUUUGAUUCUGUCAGUGCAACAUUCCUUUCCUGGUCACAGUAGAGUGUACCUGUAUCUUAUCCUGGGAGUCCUGGGCCUGGAGCUGAUUAGCUCCCUGACAUGCUUAGUGAUUUACACAGUGAAAAUAAGUAACUUCAAUCGUGCAAAGCCAAGACCUGAUAUAAUAGAAGAAGAAAAGAUGUAUGCCUACCCUACUCAUAUUACCUCAGAAAUUGGAUUCAGGGAAAACUCGAGUUUAGAAGAGAUAGUUGAGAAGCAAGGAGAUGUAAUAGAGUAUCUUCAGCGACACAAUGCACUGCUCAGCAAGAGACUAUUGGCACUAACAUCUCAGCAAAUCAAAACUUAACAGCAUUUGGAAAUCUGCUCCUGGAGCUCUGGAGGAAACAGAAGGUAACAUAAUGUUCAGACUGCUUUGUACAGAUGAUCCUUCAAUCAUCGUCUGUAUUUUGAAAUAGAAGUGGAAGGAUGACCUCUGCAUAUGCUGUAAAUCUAUUACAGCUGGA